GCCCCCCGGGAAACGGGGAAGCCAAGCUGGGUGGGAGCGCUUCAUGCCGCCAACUGGUUUAGAGCCCGCCAGAAUGAACAGGAAGAAAGGAGACAAGGGCUUUGAAAGCCCAAGGCCAUAUAAAUUAACCCAUCAGGUUGUCUGCAUCAACAACAUAAACUUCCAGAGAAAAUCUGUUGUGGGAUUCGUGGAACUGACUAUAUUUCCUACAGUUGCAAACUUGAAUAGAAUCAAGUUGAACAGCAAACAGUGUAGAAUAUACCGAGUAAGGAUAAAUGAUUUAGAAGCUGCUUUUAUUUAUAAUGACCCAACCUUGGAAGUCUGUCACAAUGAAUCAAAACAGAGAAAUCUAAAUUAUUUUUCCAAUGCUUAUGCAGCUGCAGUUAGUGCUGUGGAUCCUGAUGCAGGAAAUGGAGAACUUUGCAUUAAGGUUCCAUCAGAGUUAUGGAAACACAUUGAUGAAUUAAAGGUCCUAAAGAUACACAUCAAUUUUUCUUUGGAUCAGCCAAAAGGAGGUCUUCAUUUUGUGGUACCCAGUGUUGAGGGAAGUAUGGCAGAGAGAGGUGCUCACGUUUUCUCUUGUGGGUAUCAAAAUUCCACAAGAUUUUGGUUCCCGUGUGUUGAUUCAUACUCUGAAUUAUGUACAUGGAAAUUAGAAUUUACAGUAGAUGCCGCAAUGGUGGCUGUUUCCAAUGGAGAUUUGGUGGAGACAGUGUAUACCCAUGAUAUGAGGAAGAAGACCUUCCAUUACAUGCUUACCAUUCCAACAGCUGCAUCAAAUAUCUCUUUGGCCAUUGGACCUUUUGAAAUACUUGUAGAUCCAUAUAUGCAUGAGGUUACUCAUUUUUGUUUACCUCAACUUCUUCCAUUGCUUAAACAUACUACAUCUUAUCUUCAUGAAGUUUUUGAAUUUUAUGAAGAAAUUCUUACAUGUCGAUACCCAUAUUCCUGUUUUAAGACUGUAUUCAUUGAUGAGGCUUAUGUUGAAGUGGCUGCUUAUGCUUCCAUGAGCAUUUUUAGCACAAAUCUGUUACAUAGUGCCAUGAUUAUAGAUGAGACACCUCUGACUAGAAGGUGUUUAGCCCAGUCCUUGGCACAGCAGUUUUUUGGUUGUUUCAUAUCCAGAAUGUCUUGGUCUGAUGAAUGGGUACUGAAGGGAAUUUCUGGCUAUAUUUAUGGACUUUGGAUGAAAAAAACUUUUGGUGUUAAUGAAUACCGCCAUUGGAUUAAAGAGGAGCUAGACAAAAUAGUGGCGUAUGAACUAAAAACUGGUGGAGUUUUACUACAUCCCAUAUUUGGUGGAGGAAAAGAGAAGGAUAAUCCAGCAUCUCAUCUACACUUUUCAAUAAAGCAUCCACAUACGCUUUCUUGGGAAUAUUACACUAUGUUUCAGUGUAAAGCUCACCUCGUGAUGAGAUUGAUUGAAAAUAGGAUCAGUAUGGAAUUCAUGCUACAAGUUUUCAAUAAACUGUUAAGUUUGGCUAGUACUGCUUCAUCACAGAAGUUCCAGUCACAUAUGUGGAGUCAGAUGUUGGUUUCCACAUCUGGGUUUUUGAAAUCCAUCUCAAAUGUCUCUGGCAAAGACAUCCAGCCUUUAAUAAAGCAGUGGGUAGACCAGAGUGGAGUGGUAAAAUUUUAUGGAAGUUUUGCAUUUAACAGAAAACGAAAUGUUUUGGAAUUAGAAAUAAAGCAAGAUUAUACAUCACCGGGAACUCAGAAAUAUGUGGGACCACUUAAAGUGACAGUGCAGGAGUUAGAUGGAUCCUUCAAUCAUACGUUGCAAAUUGAAGAAAACAGCCUUAAGCAUGAUAUUCCCUGUCAUUCUAAAAGCAGAAGGAACAGAAGAAAAAAAAUUCCACUGAUGAAUGGAGAGGAAGUUGAUAUGGAUCUUUCUGCGAUGGAUGCGGAUUCCCCUUUGCUGUGGAUAAGGAUAGACCCAGAUAUGUCAGUGCUGAGGAAAGUGGAGUUUGAGCAAGCUGAUUUCAUGUGGCAGUAUCAGCUCCGCUAUGAGAGAGAUGUUGUUGCACAGCAGGAAUCCAUUCUGGCCUUGGAGAAGUUCCCUACGCCAGCAUCUCGCCUUGCACUCACUGACAUACUAGAACAAGAGCAGUGUUUCUACCGAGUAAGAAUGUCCGCUUGCUUCUGCCUCGCAAAGAUUGCGAAUUCAAUGGUGAGCACAUGGACAGGACCACCAGCCAUGAAGUCACUCUUUACUAGAAUGUUUUGUUGCAAGACUUGUCCAAACAUUGUGAAAACAAACAACUUUAUGAGCUUUCAAAGCUAUUUUCUACAGAAGACUAUGCCAGUUGCAAUGGCUUUAUUGAGAGAUGUUCACAACCUUUGUCCCAAAGAAGUCUUAACAUUCAUUUUAGACUUAAUCAAGUACAAUGACAACAGAAAAAAUAAGUUUUCAGAUAACUAUUAUCGUGCUGAAAUGAUUGAUGCCCUUGCCAACUCUGUUACGCCUGCAGUCAGUGUGAAUAAUGAAGUUCGAACUUUGGACAACUUAAAUCCAGAUGUACGACUCAUUCUUGAAGAAAUCACCAGGUUUUUGAAUAUGGAAAAACUUCUUCCAAGUUAUAGACACACCAUCACUGUCAGUUGUUUGAGAGCCAUACGAGUGCUUCAGAAGAAUGGACAUGUGCCAAGUGAUCCAGCUCUUUUUAAAUCUUAUGCAGAGUAUGGCCACUUUGUGGACAUUAGGAUAGCAGCUUUGGAAGCAGUUGUUGAUUAUACUAAAGUGGACAGGAGUUAUGAAGAACUGCAGUGGCUACUUAAUAUGAUUCAGAAUGACCCUGUACCCUAUGUAAGACAUAAGAUUCUAAACAUGUUGACGAAGAACCCACCAUUUACUAAGAACAUGGAGUCUCCGUUAUGCAAUGAAGCCUUGGUAGAUCAACUUUGGAAACUUAUGAAUUCUGGAACUUCACAUGACUGGAGAUUACGGUGUGGUGCUGUGGACUUGUACUUCACACUUUUUGGCCUCAGUAGACCUUCCUGCUUGCCCUUACCAGAGCUUGGGUUGGUUCUUAAUCUAAAAGAGAAAAAAGCUGUCUUGAAUCCGACCAUAAUUCCGGAGGCCAUAGCAGGCAACCAAGAAGCUGCGAUUAAUCCAAGUAGUCACGCACAGCUAGUUGGAUUUCAGAACCCUUUUUCAAAUUCUCAAGAUGAGGAGGAAAUUGACAUGGACACUGUUCAUGAUAGCCAGGCAUUUAUUUCCCAUCAUUUGAACAUGCUUGAAAGGCCAUCGACUCCAGGGCUCUCUAAAUAUCGGCCAGCUAGUUCCCGAUCUGCUUUAAUACCCCAACACUCAUCAGGCUGUGAUGGCACACCCACCACGAAACCCCAGUGGAGUAUGGAACUUGCACGGAAGGGAACAGGUAAAGAACAAUCACCUUUGGAGAUGAGUAUGCAUCCAGUUGCAACAGCUCCACUCUCAGUGUUUACUAAGGAAUCUGCGUCCUCCAAACACAGCGACCACCAUCACCACCAUCACCAUGAGCACAAGAAGAAGAAGAAGAAGCACAAACAUAAGCACAAGCACAAGCACAAGCAUGAUAGUAAAGAGAAGGACAAAGAGCCUUUCACUUUCUCCAGCCCCGCCAGUGGCAGGUCUAUACGUUCUCCUUCUCUUUCAGACUGAGACGGGGACAAAGGAGACUUUCCCUUAGUGUCCAGAAGAAUAUAUAUAACUAAAGCUUUGUCCUCUGUAAAGAAUGAUAAAUGGAAACAGACAAAAAAAUAGUUGCCUUUCUCAUAGAAAUUCAGAAUCCAUGUAAAUUCUAACAUUUGAUUUAUGUUAUUUAUGCAAUUGAGAUCUAAUUAGAAAAAUGUUUUAUAGUUCUGAAUAAACCAUUUCAUCCCAUUUCCUCCUGAGAACACACACACACACACACACACACACACACACACACACUCAUUCACACCAAACUUCAAAAAGGCCCUCAGAUCCACUGGCAGUUCCCAUUCACAUCAUGGUCUUCAUGUGUACUGCCAAAAUCAAUUAUGUUUUAAAGUCUUUGAUGGAUGUUAUGGGGCAAAGUUAUGUUUUAAACAAGCUACUGCCAGAUCUGUGGUGAAACCACUAUUUCCAGUGAAAUAUUGUAUAACACUAUUUGGAACUACUGAGAAAGACUGAGGCUUUUCUAUAGGAACCUUCUGUAUUACAUGGUAUUUUUUGUGUUAACCAUAGAGGCUAAACAUCAGAAUUUGUGAACACAGAUACUUGGUUUUUUUUUUUUUGCCCUAAAGUACGGAAAUGUUCAGAAGCAGCUCUUUUUAAAAAAAAAUUUUUUUUGGAUAGCAUUUGUGAUAGUGCAUUUGGGGAUUAUAAUGUUGGAAUUUAAUAGAAUUAUCAAAUCCACAGUUCUCAAAUCAAGAUGUUUAAAUUAUAAGUUCUUUUUUUUUCAUUAAGUAUAAGUGAGUAUGUUCAUAUAUAGAGUAUGUUUGUUAAAUGUGGACAGUUUACACAUCCAACACAUAAUCUAAAAUUAUUUCUGUAUAACACAAAGUCUGAUACCUUAAAAAGGUGUUUAUAUAAUGUUUACUAACUCAGACAUAGACAAGUCAGCCCUCAUGUGAGUAUACCAGAAACAUUUAAAAAUAUAUGAAAUAUUUUGGUUUCAUACUUAAAUAGUUUGUGUGUGUUUGUUUUUAUUUCUGAAUUUACCAUGUGCUUUAUCGUUGUUUAAAAUGUUUUUCAUAUCUGUUCUAUUUUUAUCAUUUCUCUUACCAUUAGUUUGACAAAGUAUUUCUUCUAGAAUAGAUGUUUCAAAGGGAUCCAAUAAUGUUGGACUUUUAAAUAUACUUUUAGUUGUGUUUAACUUGUUUAAUAAAUAACUUUUUAAACUGA